CUUGCCGAUUAUUAUGGUCUUUUUGUAUCGGUCAAACUAUCGUUCCAAACUAACUAAAUAAAAUUCAAAGCCUCAUUUUCCCUCGUUUGGAAAGAUAAAUACACUUAGAGACACUUUGACAAUGCAAUUCCGAAAGCUUGACAAGUCAGCCCACCGUCCGAAUGUGGAAAACAUUGGCGGUCACUGUCUCCUCCCGAUGUGCCUUGGAUUGUGGGCAUCUGCGGCUUUUUUAGGAAUGGUCUACCUACAGCAGCCCGCAGCCGCCGAGUGGUACGGAUCCGCUCCCCAUCAGCGCUUCAUGUACAUGCAGUACGUCCAGCCAGGUCGCACGCACUCCCGUUCCACCCAGGCAGCCAGUGCCCUCGUGGCCGGAGAGACCGUAGCCACCGGAACAUACCUGAAGGAUUGCAAUCACGCAGAUUCUGAUGUCAGCGCCGAAGGAGUCCCAGCUGAGGACGUCCUCGCUGCCGCCGGAGCCCACGGAUCCACCUCCUUGGCCGAGGCUUACCCCGACCAAGCACCAGUUGCACAGGUGGCCAACGAUGCCAAUGUGGUGCCCCAGGCCGAGUCAGAGGCUGAACCCGAACCCGAGACUACUGAUGAUGCCGCUAAGGUACCACGAGACUUCAACUUCGCCGCAGACGAAGCCUCCGUUGCUGCUGCUGCUGAAGAGGAAACUGUUCCUCUGUCCGUUACCAAGGCUGAGCUGCCAGUCCCCGCUCCCAUUGCUCCUGUGUCCGCCGUGGUGCCAGUGAACCGCUACCUGCCCGCCAAGAAGAAGGUGAUCGUCGAGCUGGACCAGGAGGAGGAGGAGGAGCCCCAGGCCGCCGUCAUUGAAGACGAGGAGGAAAUAGAGAACGCUGUAGCCGACGACGUUGAGGAGGACGAGGAAGAGCUGUCCGUACCCGUGCAACCUAUUAACCCUGUGCGCGUGCCAAACGCCCGUCGUCCCGUAGCCCAGAAACCCGUGAAGGCAGCUUCUCCUGCUGGCAAGCCCUCCAAGAAGCCGGCGCCCCCCCUGCCUACUGGCACCUUUUUCCCAAUCGACUUCGGAGGCACCAACGGCGGCGCCAUUGCCAUCGCCAACUCUUUCAGCACCGGCGAGGGCGGAUCUGCCACCAGCCACGCCAUCGCGUACGGCUCUCCCGAGUCCGCCGUCCGACGUGCCCGCCCCAAUCCCAGCAAGUUCCGCCACUAAUCCUCG